UAGAUGUGCUGUGUGGAGCCAGGAUGCACUUGCUGAUACCAUACCUCCAAUGCAAAACUCCUCUAGCAAGCAGCCCAUGCACACUGCAGAACUGAACAGGCUGGGACACUGUGUAACAUACCUCCUGCAGAUCAGUCUAUCAGACAAGCCAAAGACGAUAAGUCUUGAAUGUGAGACAGCGCAUUGAUCAAAAUGUUCAGCAGCAGAAGGUUAAAGAGGAAGUCUCAGUCUGUGGACAUUGCGUCACCGACGUAUGAUCCCCUGGCAGACCCAGCCCCACCGCAAACAAGUAAACCCCCCAUUGUUGCCAAGACUCAAUCUGAAGAAGAACACAAUACCGCAAAUACUCAGAAACGCUACCCGAGGAGAGGAGAAUUAAAAAGAGGCUACACUAUUGAUACCGGCCAGAGGAAGACCCUAGAGAAGAAAGAUGGGCGGCGAAUGUCCUUCCAGAAGCCAAAGGGGACCACAGAGUAUACCGUGGAGUCACGGGAUUCCUUAAAUAGCAUCUCUCUGAAGUUUGAUACAACACCAAAUGAACUCGUCCAGUUAAAUAAACUGUUUGCCAGAGCGGUUGUACCUGGGCAGGUUUUAUACGUACCUGACCCAGACUACAUUUCCAGUGUGGAGAGCUCCCCGUCCCUUAGUCCCAUCAGUCCUCUGUCUCCAACCUCUUCAGAAGUUGAAUUUGAAAAAAGCACAGACCUUGAUCGCGCUCGUCACAAAGAGUCGUCAACUUCCUCCCCAGCCUACCCUGCCAUCCGCCCGUCCAGGGUGGUAUCUUCCACAUCUGAAGAAGAAGAGGCGUUUACUGAGAAAUUUCUGAAAAUUAACUGCAAGUACAUAACUGAUGGAAAGGGAACAGUCAGCGGUGUCCUCCUGGUUACGCCAAAUAACAUAAUGUUCGAUCCUCAUAAGACGGACCCUUUAGUCCAGGAGAAUGGUUGUGAGGAGUAUGGCAUAAUGUGCCCGAUGGAGGAGGUGACGUCGGCCGCCAUGUACAAAGAAAUAGUCAAUAGCAAAUUGAAGGAUUCUGUUGAUCUAGAUCAGCUGUCCUGUAUGAGAGAUUUCUGUCACUUUAAGAAAAUGUCCGAAGGUAAUGCACACGAUCCGGAUUCCAAAACGUGGGAUACUGGAAACGACAGCGCCAGCACGGCCCCGCGUAGCACGGCGGAGUCUCUCUCUGAGGAUGUGUUUACGGAAUCUGAGCUUUCUCCAAUCAGGGAAGAGCUACACUCCUCCGAUGAGCUGCGGCAGGACAAAUCCUCGGGAACUUCAUCCGAGUCUGUUAAGACGAUAAACCAAACCGUUGUAGAGUGUUGCUCAACAAACCUUUCAGACGCCACAGAUGCCGCGCAUGAUUUAAAGAGCAGCGCCGAUCCUACUGCCGGCGACAGCGGAGUUUUUAGCAAUGCCAAUGAUUUAGAAAAGAGCGAUGUGUCCCUUAAGGUAGGUGAAGACUUGGAAGCAGGGCAAGCCAGACCUACGACAGAACAAAAUAUUGAUGAACUAGUUGACAGCGAAGUCCCACAUGUCCUAAGCACAGAUGCAGGGCAGCUUGUAGAGAAUGAGCAUAAAACCGCGGAUCAGAGCCCCCAUAGUCUUGCUGCUGAGACUGACAAUCAUGCGGAGGAGACAAUCCAGAGUGCUUCAGAGAAACAGCCAUCGGGGGACUCUGAAACCGAAGUGGAGGAACUGCGGAAACUAUGGAAGAACCUCACUAUGCAACAAGCCAAGCAACAGAGGGAUGACCUGCAGCACGCCACGCACAAAGAGCCGAAUACAGGCAGCACGGAGUCGCACGCGGAAGGUGUAUGUUCAGCUAUUGCCAAAGAAAAACGAAGACAUAGAUCUCAUAAGUAUUUGUGUCUAAGAGUCGGGAAGCCAAUGAGAAAAACGUUUGUGUCUACAGCCAGUGCACUAAUGCAGCAGUAUGCGCAGCGGGACAAGCUGGAGUACUGGUUUGCUGUUCCACAUGACAGAACGGAACAGAUUUACUCCUUUUUCAUUCAGUGGAGCCCAGAUUUUUUCGCUGAAGAAAUUGGAGAGUCCUCUAGGGAGCCAGGAUUUGUGGUGGUGAAACGGCAUGAGGAACCAGAGAACUCAGAAGGUUCCACCAACGAUUCUACAACAAGAUUAUGGGAGGUAGUAUCAGUGGCUGAGUACCACCGCAGGAUCGAUGCCCUAAAUACCGAAGAGCUGCGUACUCUCUGCAGACGUCUCAAGAUUGCAACAAGAGAGGACGUCGGCUCCAAGCAAACCACAAGCAUCAAGACAGACCUGGAACCGGAAGCUUUCCGACCGAAUCUCAGUGACCCCAGUCAGCUUCUCCAAGUUGACCAAAUAGAAAAGCUCACCAAGCACCUCCCGCCUAGGACAAUCGGCUACCCAUGGACUCUUGUCUACAGUACUGCAAAACACGGGAUGAGCUUGAAGACCCUAUACAGGACAAUGCUAGGUUUGGACACACCGGUACUCCUGGUGAUUAAAGACAGCGAUGCACAGAUCUUUGGGGCAUUAGCAUCUGAACCAUUUAAAGUGAGCGAUGGUUUUUAUGGCACCGGGGAAACCUUCCUCUUUACAUUCUCCCCUGACUUUGAGGUCUUUAAAUGGACAGGUGACAACAUGUUCUUUAUUAAAGGCGAUAUGGACUCGCUAGCUUUUGGUGGAGGAGGGGGAGAGUUUGCCCUGUGGCUGGAUGGAGAUCUUUAUCAUGGGAGAAGUCACUCCUGUAAAACCUUUGGAAACCCUACACUUUCUAAGAAAGAGGAUUUCAUUGUCCAAGACAUUGAAAUUUGGGCGUUUGAGUAAAUAACGUUGUACAUACACACAGCACAAAAUCUCUUCUCCCCCUCCCAUGUACAGAAGAGAGAGACUCGAUGUGUACUGCAGCUUACUAAUAUAUACCUUUUAAUAUAUUUGUAUUUUUGUUAAUAUUUGACCAUAGUUCCUUUUUAUUUUCGGUAGCUAUAUCUAUUUUCAGACAUGAAUAUUGAGUGGAGCCGUAAUUGUACGUUUUGAUGAAUGUUAGAAUUCUGUCACUUUUCUGUCACCGAUCUGAAUCUACAAGGAGAUGAUAGAAGGUCACUUAUCAUACGCAAAACUUCUGCAUCCCCAUGUCACAAGCCACAAGCUUGGAGGUGCAUUAUUUAAACAAAAUCUAUGAGGAAUUGGCGGUGGAGGUUGUUUUUUUUUUUUUUAUCUUAAUUCCUUUAUUUUUUCCCCACGUAACAUGGAUGGUUUUACAGAUGUACCAUUUUUUGUUCCAAACCAUAGUUUAUGCGCCCCCCCCCCCCCCAAAAAAAAAUAAUUAAAUUCUGAAUACAGGGGGAAGAAAAAGCAGAGGAAACCGUAAUGUAGUUUUGUACUGAGUGCGCAUAUAUGUUGUACUUUCUUUUUUUAGUAUCCAAUCUGACAAACUGGUCGACUCGUACGAUAAGUAGACAAUUUUGUGACUUGUAUUAUUUGUGGAAUAUGCAAACGGUCCUCUGAUCUCAGAGGGGGGAAAAAAAAAGACAAAAAAAUAAAACAGUCUAGACUCUAUCUAUAGCGGAUUUGUAGAGAAACGCGCCUUCGUGCAAUAAAUUGCUCCGCAAAACACUCUCAACGACGAAGCUUCUAAUUCUGUGUUCUGCGAGUACAUUGCUGUUCUAAAUGUGACAGUGAGUUAUCUUUGUGCUGAAGAUUCAGCUGUUUGAUAAACAUGUAUAUUAUUUUGUAAAUUAUUGUUGAAAACGUAGAGUUGUUCUUAUAGAAACGUGUUCAUUCGACGGGUUUGCUUAUAGCACUUUAACUUAUUUUUUUUUAAACUCAAUACAAGCCAAAUGGAAUGGCUUAUGUAGGUGCCGUGGGCGCGGCCACCGCUCGCUCUCUGUCCGUUUUUAAACUACAAUGUCUGCCACGCAUUGCCAGCCAUUUCCGCAAUGACUGCUGGAACUUGUAGUUCAAUAGAAGCUGAGAACUGCGGCUGGCAGCCCAGGUCUGGGUUAUAUGUAUAGCAUCUGAAAAUAUUUACGUUACCUGGAUAAAAAUAAAUAAAUAAAUCUUCAAAAGAAAAUAUACUGCUAUGGUAACAAAGGGGAAGACAUUCUAUCUAUACCGUGCUAAUGCUGAAUGUGAAUACGAAUACAGGGCAUAACCUUCUCUAUGUACAAAGCGCUCUAUAUUCCUGCUAGGUCUGGUAUGUAGAAUAAAUGUAAAUAUAUCCGCAUUUCUCCCCCUCUGGUCUUCCACAGCACUAUUAGCGUCUUUGUGGAUUUAAGACUAUUACUAAUCCUGUAAUGGAUUUUAAGUACUAUAAGGUCAUAGUGAUAUAAUUAUAAAUAUAUGUAUAAAUAUAUAUAGAAAAUAAAUACAUGGACAAUAAAAA